CGAGAAUGCACGAGGCGCGAGUCAUACGAGUGCGCGAGAGGGGCGCGCGUGCAUACUACUGUUUACUGAUAACGGCUCGCGACGAAAGAGCUGCAUAAAAUCUCCUGCGCAUCAGGGAUGAAAAAGAUGUAUGACUAAAUAUGAAGAAAAAGGAUGCAUAAUGCGCCGCAGUAGACCCGGGCAUAUAUAACAAUAUUCUUGCAGUUGACUACUGCGAAGGAAUGCAGUCAUGAUGAUGAGAAAUGCAUUGGACUUGAUAAACCACCAGCGCUUCGUUUGCAAGAACCGCUUCGGAAUUUGCGAUGUAAACAUGAUAAACAGGCAGAGAUCUCUCUGAGAGCAUCUCUGAUACUGGGCUGUGCUGAAGAGCAUCUUUGUUUGGUACCGAUCGCCCAAACUUCCACAAUGGCUCUGGUCAUGGAACCAGUAAGCAGGUGGUCGACAAACCAGGUAGUCGAUUGGAUGAAAGGUUUGGAUGACUGUCUUCAGCAGUAUAUUAAGAACUUUGAGCAGGAGAAGGUGGGAGGGGAACAGCUUUUGAGAAUCACUCACCAGGAGCUUGAGGACCUAGGUGUUUCUCGAAUCGGCCACCAGGAACUCAUUUUGGAGGCAGUGGAUCUGCUCUGUGCACUGAACUACGGGUUAGAAACGGAGAACCUGAAGACCCUCACCCAUAAGCUAAAUGCAUCGGCCAAGAACCUGCAGAACUUCAUAACAGGUCGGCGGAGGGGAGGUCACUACGACGGCAGAGCCACCCGAAAACUUCCAAACGACUUUCUGACGUCUGUAGUGGACCUCAUCGCUGCCGCCAAGGGCCUGCUGGCGUGGCUGGAUAGGUGUUACUUCUUCAUCAGGUCUCCGUUUGCUGCUGUAGCAGAUUACUCCAUGACCAGAAAUAAUGUCAUUCAGCUGUGUCUGGAGCUCACCACAAUAGUUCAGCAGGAUGGCACUGUAUAUGAGACAGAAAAUAAGAUACUGCAUGUGUGUAAGACACUGUCAGGAGUGUGUGAACACAUCAUUUCUCUCUCUUCGGACCCUACGGUGUCCCAGGCCGCCCAUUUGGAAAUGGUGCAGCUGGAUAAUAUAAGGUCCACUGAUGGAUUGGGUAUGUACAUCAAGUCGACCUAUGAUGGCCUACAUGUCAUCACGGGCACGACGGAGGGAUCUGUAGCUGAUCGCUGUAAAAAAAUACAUGCUGGUGAUGAGGUCAUACAAGUCAAUCAUCAGACAGUGGUGGGCUGGCAGCUGAAGAACCUGGUAAACUCCUUACGUAGUAAUCCUGCCGGCGUGAACCUUACAUUGAAGAAACGACCUCAGAGCACUCUCACGUCAGCCCCUGCCUUACUGAAGAACAUGAGAUGGAAACCCCUCGCCCUGCAGCCCAUCAUCCCUCCAAGCCCCAGCAGCAGUGGGGCCACACCCUCCAGCACCCUCAGCACCCCGUCCAGGCGAGACAGCUGUGCCCUUCAGGAUCUCUAUAUCCCCCCUCCACCAGAUGAGCCAUACACACCAAGCCAUAGAUGCUGGAAUGGUGUAAAGGAUAAAGAAGGAAAUUCAAGAGAAGACGUUGCGAAUUUGCCUGACAAUGGCCAGCAUGCUGCUAAAGGUUCUGAGUCGCCCAACUCCUUCCUGGAUCAGGAAUGCCGGAGACAUUUUCCUCAUCUGGAUGAGGAUGCGGUCCUGUACUGUUAUGAGUAUGAUCAGAAUCAAGGACCCCCACCUGUUCGCAGAGACAGCACACCUACAUACGGACGGUUAAGGCCUAUUUCUAUGCCUGUGGAGUAUAAUUGGGUUGGAGACUAUGAAGACCCAGCCAAGCUAAAAAAAGAGAUCAGAAGAGAAAAUUCUCUGAUGAGAUAUAUGAGUGAAGAAAAGGCGGGGUCAGAAGAGUACCACACAGGACAUCGCAGCAGUAGGCGGAGUAAAAGGAAGAGUGAGAAAGGUUGUAGCCCCGCCCACUAUGCUUUACUCCCUGCCCUGCAGAUGGAUAUGCUGCAACAGGACUCUUUGACCACACCCACAUCUGAAACCUCUUCUGUCUAUCUUACAUUCGAUCGAACAUCAAUGCUCUCCCGGUCGAAGAAAGCUAAGUUAAGAGUUGGCUCGCUGCCCUCCAUCAGUAAGCGCCGAAUCUCCUGCAGGGACCUGGGUCAGGGUGACUGUGAGGGCUGGCUGUGGAAAAAGAAGGAUGCAAAGAGCUACUUUUCACAGAAAUGGAAGAAGUACUGGGUCGUGCUGAAAGAUGCAUGCUUGUACUGGUACACAAACGAAGAGGAUGAGAAGGCAGAGGGGUUCGUAAGCCUACCUGAGUUUAACAUUGACCAAGCCAGUGAAUGUCGCAGAAAGUUUGCUUUUAAAGCUUGCCAUCCUAAGAUCAAGAGCUUCUACUUUGCUGCGGACAAUGUGGAUGAUAUGAAUAGGUGGCUCAGUCGUCUGAACAUGGCGGCGACGGCUCACAUAGAGCAGAAGAGGAUUCGACAGGAUCAUGAUUACUGGAGUGAAAGCGACCACGAGGAUGCUGAUCACAUGACUUCAGUUAUCAAACAGGACAGCCCUCCACCUCCUUAUGACACUUACCCACAUUCUGCCUCUCCAAGUCCAUACCAGGAGCCCAAAUACAUCCGGCCACCCUCCACAGAGACCGUCCAAUCCCGAUCCCCACACUCCGAGAAACAAGGCGGCAGCGUAAGUAGUGCCAGCUCACCGGGUCGCAAGUCUGCCAGUCAGCGCCGAUCGUGGCAGGACCUCAUCGAGACCCCGCUCACCAGCUCCGGCCUUCAUUUCCUGCAGACUCUGCCUCUGGACGACUCCGUGUUCAUCGAUCCCAACCAACCCAUGCCUGUAGAAAUCCACCGUCAGUCGACACUCCCCGCCCAUCACGGAUUACCACCAGAGCGCUUCGUCCUGCCCACUACACCCACCCAGCCCAGUCAGAAACCUAUCACAGCCUUAGGAGGAGAUAGGUUUGGAGGAGGUGGAGGCAAGCAUCGCAGUUUCACCUUACCUCGUGAUAGUGGUCUUCAUGCUAUUCUCGCCGCUACAUGUGCAGCCGAACAAGCAGACGCGCAGCACUACCAGCUGGGCCGGUCCCAUUCCAAAAGAGAGACAGGUUCAGAGCGGCAGCGCAGGCACCAGGCUGACUCAUUGGUGGAUUUGUACAGGGCUCUGGAGAGGACUAGUCUAUCGCCUGUCAAUGAGCACAUGUCUGCUUCUCGCUUAGAGUACAAACGAUCAUUCGUCCGUCGGUGCAACGAUCCAUUACUCAAUGAGAAACUGCACCGCCUGAGGAUCCUUCAAAACUCAUUCAAGGACAUUCCUCUUCAAGAGGCAGAGACAAAGAUAAUUCAUCGGGACGUGUAGCUUACAGAGAGUUACAGCAAAAGAGCACAGCAGGGCACCGGUCCUUUCAGCCAAAACUGCUAAAAACAUCUAAUACACUACUCUUCUUCACCUUAGGCCCUGUUUACACCUGGUAUUAAGAUGUGGUUUGGUCGAUCAGAUCACAAGUGGAUGACACUAAAGGGGGUUUAAAUGGGAUCUAAAACUUUUUAAGCUUGUCAACAUUUAGAGGUAGUCGAAAACGCAUUUGAACAGAUUCCUUUUCUGGUGUAGAUGUGUGCAUGGGGUCACAUGUGUUCGAGGACCCACAAAAGACCGCCUCUCCACCUCUUUCAUUUAUGUUUCAUUUUGCGAAAAGGUUUUUCGUCCAUUACUCUGAAAUAUCUGAGAGAGCGCUUCCAUGUACAAAACUUUGUUUAGCAUGUUUACUAACAAAACAAGUAGUGGUACUUUGACAUAAUAUUAGUGUGCAUCAAUUUAACCAAUCAUUUCUCUCACAUGUGUUUUAAUGACUCGCCCAUAGGCCAUCCCCUCGAAAAUAAUCAGAACAGAAGCGGUCGAAAGUUUACAAAAGAGACGAUUAAAACACCAGGUGUGAACUUGAAUGUGUCUCAUCGUCCACUUGUGAUUCGAUCAUCAACCAAAAUUGCAUCUUAAUACCAGGUGUAAACAGGGCCUUUCUUCUUUCACCAAAUUUCUACUUAUUUCUACGUUUUCUCUGUUUCAGCAUUUGAAAAUUCUGAUAUUUUUCUCUGUUUUCUUAUUGCACAUGCUAACAUUGGCAUUAUUUUGUUUGUGCAGUCGUGUGUCGAACUGCUGAAUUAUGUGUUUUAAUAUUGACUUUCACCCAGGGUCAAAAAAACUGCACUUCCAAUGAACUCUACUUUAAUGUAGUGUCUCAUAACAUACAGGGAAAGAAUCAAACUACUGAUAUAAAUUGCUUUGUAAUUCGGACUUGCAUGGCCAUUGUCUGGUUAAUAGAUUUUCUAUAUGUGAUGUUUGUUUUAAUGGUCUCUCAACUGACUGAGAGUGUUAGUUCUGAGUUCGUUGAAACUAACAUUUGUCAAUGGUAAAUAUUAUUAUGACUGAAAGAGAAGAACUGACAGGAUACAGUAAUUGUGUGUCUGUGUGUUGAAAGCAGUGUUUCGUUGUAUAGAAUUUAUGUUGUAAUAUUCUGACCGUUUGCACCCCAGCUAUGGAAAUACCCUUUGUUGAGCAGCAAGGUACUUGCAAUAAUGUUGAACUAAAAUGAUUAAUUGGUUUAACACUGUCUAUUUUUGUAAGCAUGAUAUUUAUUGAGAUGUUUGUACAUUGUUUUGUAUUCUGGAUUAUGUGUUAUCUUAAGAUAACUGCAAGUGUAAAUCCUUUAAUGUGUUCCUAAAAGAUCUUUAACAAAAUGAAACUUUCAUGUGAAAACAAAACACCAGUGUUCUAGUAUCUCCAGAAAGUAAUUUUAUCAAUAAACUGUUUGAUGUUUUGACAUUUUAAAA